GUAAACGUUAUUUAGGAGUAGUCUAAAUGACUGCUGUGCAACAGGCAACUGGGCUGCAAACUCACUGAAGGCUCAUCGGCUUUGGAGGAACUGUUGCACAGAAUCCCGCUGCAAUGUCCCUGCUGUGUGUCAGAGUGAAGAAAGCCAAACUACACGGGCCUCCAGACAAGUUCAACGCCUAUGUCACUUUAAAGGUGCAAAAUGUGAAGAGUACCACCAUCACAGUCCGAGGGGACCAGCCAUGUUGGGAGCAAGACUUCAUGUUUGAGAUCAAUCAUCUGGAGUCAGGUCUGGUGGUGGAGCUGUGGAAUAAAGGUUUGAUCUGGGACACUAUGAUCGGCACAGCACUGAUACUGCUGCACACUAUUCGACAGUCUGACGAGGAGGGACCAGGAAAUUGGACGUCGCUUGACUCUGAGGUGUUAAUGAGGGAGGAUGAGAUCUGUGGUACCUCCAACCCAACUCCACACCAAGUGCUGCUGGACACCCGAUUCGAGCUGCCCUUUGAUAUCCCAGAGGACGAGGCUCAGUACUGGACCAGUAAACUGGAGCGGAUCAACACGAUGCGAAUACACGACGAGUAUCCACUGCAGGAAGAGGUCCAGAGAAGACGAAUGGCAUCUGUGCCCUCUCAGUGCUGCAGUUGGAGUUAUUUCGGAUGGAAUGACCAGCAGACUUUGGAUGACCAUGACAGUGCAGUGGAUGACCGCGACAGUGACUACCGCAGUGAAACUGGCAACAGACCUCCACGGUUCCACAAUACCUCCCAGACAAACUCAUCAGUGCACCAGUACCCAAUAGGACGCAGGGUCCAGCAUCACACCCUGUCCAGGGAGUCCGAUUCUAUACAAAGCUAUGAGCUAGACUAUAGAGAAAUGAGGGGGCCCAGUCCACCGGACAGCAGUCGCUUUGAUUCAUCAGGCAACCUUAGCCCGGCCAGCUCCCAGCUCAGCUCUGAGCCUGAGGAGAGGAAAGAUCCAGAAACCCGCCACCCCAGCGCCCUGCGUCCCGUUCUCGAUAGCAAGAAGUCUACCUGGGAUGAGGAAGAAAAUGAGGAAGAGGUUGAGAAAGAGCUGCAUCCACUACCAGAGCCUGGUUCUAACAAAGAUUUGAAGGACUCUUCGGUCACCCUGCCCAAACCAAUCUUGGAUAACCAUGAUAAAAAGAGUCAGAAUCAAAUCUGUUUCUUCGAAGAUGGCCCUCCUCCAUGCUCUCCAUCCAAAGUUCGCUGGCUGAAAGCAUACAACAAAGGUCUUAACAUCCAAACACUAGAUGAGCCAAUAUCUGCCACCAAUCUUUGCAUGUAA